CUCUAAACUUUUUUUCCCCUCUCGUUCUCCAUCAAUUUUCUUUAUGGUGUUUGAAUUAACAAUCAAUGAUAGUUUUCUUCAAUUCUUCAGCGUUUUUGGUGUUUCGAUUUGAUUUUUGAAUUCUUGUUUUCACUAGUUGUAGAGAGGAUUUUAGUUUGUCAGAGUUAGGGUUCUGGUUCUUUUAGGGUUUUGUAGCCUUAUUUUUCUCAAUUAGUAUAGGAGGUUUUGAAUUCUUCGUAACCCUAGGUUUUCUUAGGUGUAAUUGAAGAUGUUGUUUUAAGGAUUUGGGGUUUUGCGUCUGCGUGUGUUUGUAGAAUUUGAAUUGGGGGGUUUACUUCGAGUAAUUGGGAAGAAUUAGAAGCAGGGUUUCUGCAAUUGGUUUGAAGUUGCGGGCUUUUUAUUUUUUAUGUUUGUUGAAGCAAGAUUGAAUUUUGGUCUCUGAGUGAUUGAUUAAGAGAAUCUGUAGUUUUCCUUUGAGGAGUCUAUUGAAGAUUUUGUGUAGGCUUUAUUAGUGUUUUUCUGUAUGGUACUUUAAGUUUUCAUUGCUUUUUGAAACCUUAGAUUUCCAUACACUAAACUCUAAUUCUUCUGCUUCAGUAUGCCUAUUGACCAGGUCUAAACAGGUACAAUGCUAGAGUCCUAUCUCUCAAGGUUGUGUUUUACAAUCUGCUAACAGAUCUUUGCAGUGCUCUCCCAGGGAUUUUGUUGAUUGUACAACUGGUGUUGAAGACAGGUCCUUACCAUGUUCCCAAAAGGAUAAGUUUCACUAUCCUUUCAAACAUUAUGAUGGAUGUGGCAAUGGUGUUAGAGGUAGUGGAUAUGCUAGAAGUGUUAUUUAUCGACAUUUGUCUGACAAGCAUUUUCCUACAACAAGUGCCAAGGAGGUUUGUAGUGAUAGGAUUCGUAAUUAUUUGGCUUGCUUUAUAGCUUGGGAAAAAGUUUUGAAUGAUUUGCAGUGUUGGUUAUGCAUUCAAUGUUUGCAUAUCCAUGCUUGGAAGAAGACUUGUUGCUCCCCUUUACACCAUGUGGAUAUUAUAGCAGGUCCAUUUAAUGGCUUAGAGUCAAGCAAUCUUAACAGUGGAGAUGCUACAUUGCACAUUACAGUGGAGAUGCUUAACACUAUACUUCAGAGAAAAAUCCCUACAAUUGUAAGUAUCCCCCCUCCAUGUAGAUUGCACUUUUCUAGAACCCUGAAAAAGGCUCUUGAUAAUGUGCUUGCCCAUCCCUCUGAUGUAACUGCUUGGUUACAACUCUUAUUACUUACUGUAUGCACCUUGCAUCUUUAUGUGCCAAAAAGUUCUAGAGAAGCCCGUUCUAGCAAUAGAAAGAAACUCCAAAUUUCGGCAAUUAAUCAGGCACUAACAAGAUGGAAAGAACCCAAUGGAUGCUUUAUCAUGACUCAAGAAUUGCUGGGACUCUUUCACCCAAUCCCCAGGAAAGAGCAUUCUAACAUGAAGAAGCAGGAUUCUACUUUGCUUGCUUGCAGGAAAAAGUUGAGUUAUGGCCAUUACUCUGAUGCUAUCUGUAGUCUCCCCUCCGACGGUGUUGCACCCUCAACUCCAGACACUUUGCAUGAGCUUCGACAAAAAUACCCACCUGCCUCACCACCAUAUAUACCUGUUGAAGAAAUCUCUACUCCUGCGCUGGCAAUUGAUGUUAAAGUUGUGUUAGCUGCUCUACGUAGUUUUCCUAAGGGCACCUCAUGUGGAAGAAACGGUCUUAGAGAUCAGCAUUUAUUAGAUGCACUGAGUGUUAAUGUUGCAGCUUUUGCGGAGGAUCUUUUACAGUCCAUAGCAGGUGUCGUAAACUUAUGGUUGGCAGGCAUACCUUGUGGCGGUGAAGGGAUUUUGCACUCAGCAAACAGGUUAUUAGACAUGAAGGGUAGUGACAACACUAAGACCAUGUUGUUGAUUGAUUUUUCUAAUCCUUUCAAUUUGGUGGAUAGAUCUACCAUGAUUAACGAAGUCAGAAAACAUUGCCCUAGCAUCUCCAGAUGGGUAGAGUUUUGUUACUCAACCCCAGCCAGAUUAUAUUACAAUGACUCAGUGCUCUCAUCUUCUCAAGGUGUUCAACAGGGUGACCCACUUGGUCCCAUUUUAUUUGCAUUAGCAUUACAUCCUUUGGCGGAAAAAAUUGCUUCUCAUUGCACCCUUGAUUUUCACGCAUGGUAUUUAGAUGAUGACACUCUAGCAGGUGACACAUUGGAAGUGUCUAAAGCUUUGAGAAUAAUACAAGAUGAAGGUCCCUGUAGAGGCUUAUAUCUUAAUGUCAUGAAAACAGAGAUCUUUUGGCCAGCAGGUGUGUUUCCAGCACAUAUUGGUAAACCUGCAGGUGGAGUCAAACUUCUCGGAGGGCUUGUCAGUCUAGAUAUGCAAUAUUACAGUGAUUUAGUUAUGAGCACGAUUGAUAAAACUUUAUAGCUAAUGCAGAAAGUUAGGAAACUCCAAGACCCACAGAGUGAGCUUCUUCUCUUAGAUAAUUGCAGCGGUGUUUCCGUACUUUACUUUGCACUCCGUACCACUAGUCCUAUGGAUUUGCAAGAAGUUACCUCAGUUUUUGAUAGCAAUCUUAUGCAGUACUUGCGGCAGUUAAUUGUGGGUGAUGGUGCGGGCUUUGGUUUGGUUCAACAACUUAUUGCCACUUUGCCAAUUAAAGAUGGAGGUUUAGGUGUUCUUACUAUGGCAGACACUGGUAAGUAUUGCUACUUAGACUCUCAAGCUCAGACUCAUUAUUUGCAAAACACUGUCAUGCGGUUACCAGCAGAUAUAGAUCAUGUCCAUAGGUUUCAGCAUGCUCUGCAGUCGUUCACUCAAGCUUGUGGAUUAUCUCUUGCCAACUUCAACAUCAAGAUGCUUCCCCCAAGUACAUGCAGUCCCUGGAAGUUGUAUACUUUGGUGUUUUUAAGGAACGAAUUCCUACCUGCUACAACUUAACUGAGCGAGAUGCCAUUCUAUGGCAGUACAAUAGAUUUGAACAUGCAAUGGACUUUCUCAAAGCCAUCCCAAUUAGUGGGAUUAAUCAGACAGUUGCGCCACGACAGUUCAGUUCUGUGCUCAUGUAUCGGCUGGGCAUCCCAUUCUUUGCCAAAGAAAGUAUGUGUCACAGUUGUAAUCAUGCUGUGGAUAUCUUUGGAGAUCAUAUGCGGUGCAUUGCGCUAAGGAUGUGGGUCCCAAAUUUAGGCACGACCUGGUUAGAGAUGCCCUAGCGGAUAUGCUUUAUAAAGCUGGUGUGGCAGCGAGGAAGGAAGUAUCUUUGGGUUUUUUGUCGGAUACUGAAAAUGGUUUGAAACCCGCUGAUAUUCUUGUGUAUAAUUGGGAAGAUGGGAAGGACGUAUGCUUCGAUGUCACGGGUGUGUCUCCCUUCACAAGUGCUAGGACUCGCAAUUUUAUACCAGGGCAUGUUAUUUCUGCGGCGGUCACUCGUAAAUGCACUAAUUAUCUCGACAAAUGUGUGACUCAUGGGUACGGUUUUGGUGUUUUGGCUUUUUCUACAUUAGGUGAACUCGGUGUCGACACUAUUUCUUUACUGAAACGUUUAAGGAAUUACUAAGUUAGUUAUGAUGCCAACCAUAAGUUUGGUGGUUCCCUCUUUCAUAGGCUAGGUAUUGUUAUUCAAAAAGGUGUGGGAACGCAGAUUGUUGCUAAACUCCCAGCCAACCCUGUGUAAAUACUUUUCAGUUUUUUAUUUUUAUUUUUAUAAUAAUAGUAAUAAUAAUAAAGAGUUGGAAAGGCGUGGGACCGACCAUGGUCGUGGCAUGGCUGG